UAGCUAUAGGUUAAACUACUUUACUAAUUUCUCACUCUCUCUCUCUCUCUCUCUUGGAACCUAGCUAACUAGCUAGGAGUAGUAGUAGGAGCAAGAGCCAUAUAAAGCUAGCUAGCUACGACCUAGCUAGCUCUCCCCUACUUUAAUUGAUUUCUCUCCUUCUCACUCUACUGAUCGAUCGAUCGAGCUCUAUCCAUGGAGAUGAUGGUGCAGAAGCAACGACACGAGGAGGGGGAAGAGGAGCGAGGAGGCUUGUGCGCCCGCGAGAUCAAGGAGCUCGACUUCUUCUCCGCCGCCGGUGCCGGUGCCGGCCGGAGAGACGACGACGACGUCCUCCGUGCGGAUGGGAUCAGCAGCAGCCACGCCGGAUUUAUGGUCAGCACUGCGCUGGACUUGCUGACAGCGGUCAACGACGGUGAUCAUCAUGAGGAGAAGAAAGGGCAGUCAAAUAUUCACCAAAGCAAGCAGAUGGAUGCGGCGGCGACGACGGUGGAGGGGGAGCUCCGGCAAGCCGGCGAAGAGAACCGGCGGCUGCGGCGGAGGCUGGAGGAGCUCACCAGCAGCUAUGGCGCCCUCUACCACCAGCUCGUCCAGGCGCAGCAGCUGCACACCAAGCAUCAGCAGCAGGCUCCGAUCGCCGGCGUGCAGUUGCUGGACGCGCUCGCGGCGGCGUCUCCGGCGAGCCACCGGCGACGAGCGGCGGCGGCGGUGGACGGCGAUAGAACAGCUGACUCUGAUGGUGGCGAGGGCGACGAGAACGUGUCGCCUUCUCUUGGUAGCAAGAGGCCGGCGGCGGCAGCGACGUUAACGCGGCUGACGCCGGAGAGCGGCAGCGGCGGGGAGAAUAAUGGCGGCGGCGAGCAGGCGCCGGCGGCGGAGAUGGCGCCGUGCCGGAAGGCCAGGGUGUCGGUGCGAGCACGAUCCGAGGCUCCAAUGAUCAGUGAUGGAUGCCAAUGGAGGAAGUACGGGCAGAAGAUGGCCAAGGGUAACCCUUGCCCUAGAGCCUACUACCGAUGCACAAUGGCUUCGCAAUGCCCCGUCAGAAAACAGGUGCAACGAUGCGCGGAGGACAAGAGCAUCCUCAUCACCACCUACGAGGGCACCCACAGCCACCCGCUGCCGCCGGCCGCCGCCGCCAUGGCCAAGACCACCUCCGCCGCCGCCGCCAUGCUCCUCUCCGGCCCCGCCGUCAGCCGCGACGCGCUGUUCGCCGCCCACCACCACGUCGUCGCGCCGCCGCCCUUCUUCCACCACCCCUACGCCGGGUCCACCAUGGCCACGCUCUCCGCCUCCGCCCCGUUCCCGACCAUCACGCUCGACCUCACCCAGCCGCCGCCGACGACGACGACCACCGCCGCCGCCGCCAUGCUCCAGCUCCACCGCCCUUAUGCCUUCUCCUCAUUGCCGUUCUCGAUGUACGGCGCCGGCGGCGGCUCGCACCGGCCGCCCGUCGUCCUGCCCCCGCCGUCGUCGGUGGUGGAGACGAUGACCGCCGCGAUCACCAGGGACCCCAACUUCACCACGGCGGUGGCGGCCGCGCUCUCCUCGAUCAUGGCGGGAGGCGGCGCCCAAGCUCGAACACCUCCACGCGGCGGGAGUGACGCCGCCGGAGACAUCAACGGAGGCGGCGGCGCCGACCACGCCACUGCCGGAGCACGCGCCGCGGCGGCGGCGACGCAGCCUUGCGGCACGUCUCCCACCUGACGCCGCCGCCGUCGAUGGGAUACAUGCAUAUACGUACUUAGCUGUACAUUCGUAUGCGUAUAUAAAUACGCCGUAGAUACGUACGUACACGUCGGUUUGUAUUACUGUUUUGCUGUUGUACAUGAAUUUUUCUCUUGGUAUAUUCAUAUUUUUGGAGAGGUUAUUAUAGAGAAGGUUUAGUCUUUUUGAAACUUAAAUUUAGCAAAAUUUAAUCUA